AAGAACUAUGGUUUUCCUGAACGGUAACGUUAGUUCAUCCGCGAUGUUCUCGGCGUGUUAAACAUUUAGCACUUAUAGAAGUAAUUAAAACGGUUUGUGUAGCUAUGGAGGGGUCGAAAACGUUUUUUCUCUAAAGCGAGAAAAGUCCAGUUGAAUGAGUCUUGCAUGUGUUUAUGCUAAUGAGUCUAGUGAAGACAAUAAAGGGAGCAAAAAAAGUAGCUCUUGAAUGAAUUGCAUCUUUAUUUCCUCCAGGAUUCAGCUGCAAGGUGCUACAAGAGCUUUGGGCUUCCCAGUAUAUCAAGUCGACCUCUGAGCGAGAUUUGAGGAUGUCAUACUUAAACUAACUCAAGCUCCGCCCAAAACCUCCAUCUCUGCAAUCAUGGCUCUAAAAGACGGUUACUCCAUUAACUCGACCGCAGACGACCAGGACGGUGACACUGCGCCUCUUCUAGAGAAGGAAGUGGAAAGAGUCACAGUGCCUCCCAAAUGCUGCUCCGUGCGAUGCAAUCUGGCUGCUAUGAUGUUCUUUGGCUUUGCUGUGGUCUAUGGUCUUCGUGUAAAUCUCAGUGUUGCUAUGGUUGCUAUGGUUAAUGGAACCAAUGAUCAGUCGUCAUCCUAUAGCAAUAUAUCAAACGAGUGUCCAGUACCCACCCAUACACUUGACAACAACAGCCAAAGUUCAGAACAGCCAGAUGGGAUUCCAAGAUACCCGUGGAAUCCCGAGACGCAAGGAAUGCUGCUCGGUGCUUUCUUUUUUGGAUACCUGUUUACUCAGAUUCCGGGAGGUUACCUGUCAGGUCGCUUUGGGGGAAGCCUGUUCCUCGGUGGUGGUGUGCUUGGGACUGCCGUCCUCACUCUCCUCACUCCGCUGUCAGCACAACUUGGAGCCAAGUGGUUGUUUGCCUUGCGUGCGCUGGAGGGAUUUGGGGAGGGUGUGACUUUUCCUGCCAUGAUGGCUAUGUGGGCCCGCUGGGCUCCUCCACUGGAGAGGGCUCGUCUGAUGACGUUUUCAGGCGCUGGCUCUAGCUUUGGUGCCUUUGUGGCUCUUCCUCUCACUGGCUUCAUCUGCCAUAGUCUGGGGUGGCCAGCGGUCUUCUACUCCUGUGGUGGUGUCGGGUGCCUCUGGGCAGUGUUUUGGUUUAUCUUGGUGUCAGAUGAACCCCAAACUCACCCAAGAAUUAGUGACAGAGAGAAAUAUUACAUAAUUAACUCAAUAGGUUCACAGGGGACGGCACAUGGUUGGUCAGUGCCUGUAUUAUCUAUGCUGUUAUCUGUGCCUCUUUGGGCCAUAAUCAUCCCACAGAUGUGCUCCAACUGGUCUUAUUACACUCUCCUCACCUCACUUCCUACCUACAUGGACACUGUUCUCCACUUUGAUUUGCGACAGAAUUCGUUCCUCUCUGCUCUGCCGUAUCUGGCUGGCUGGCUGGUCUCAGUGGGCUCAGGUGUGCUGGCAGACCACCUCCUGGAGAGGGAGCUCCUGAGUGUCACAGCUGUCCGAAAAAUCUUUACCUUUAUUGGUCUGUUUCUACCUGCUGUUUUCCUGCUUGCAGUAGGCUUCACGGGUUGCAGUGGUGUGCUGGCUGUGACUUUUCUCACGUUGUCCAGUGCAUUUGGGGGUUUCAGUGCUGCUGGUGUCUACAUUAACCAGAUUGACAUUGCUCCACGAUAUGCGGGUACGCUUCUAGGAAUCACAAACACUUUUGGGACCAUCCCUGGUGUUCUUGCACCAAUUGUAGUGGGUUACUUAACCAAAGAUCACUCGGUUACAGGAUGGAAACAUGUUUUCUGGUUGUCUGCUGGGGUGAGCGCCUUUGGAGCCAUCUUUUAUGUGAUCUUUGGCACUGGAAAGAUUCAGAGCUGGGCAAGGACAGAAGAGGAAUCAGACACGGAUACACACAAUUAAACAUUCCACUUGACCAAUUCAAAGGGAAAUGAGGACUCUGCCUUUGAGUUUUAUUUCGUACUCAAAACAUGCUACCGGUCAGAAGUUGGGACAAACUUACUUUUUUUCAUGGUUUAAAAAAUGAUAAACAUAAAAUAUGCCUACUUUAUACUUCUUUUUUUUAAUUAAGUGGAUCAGAUAGUGACAUUUUUAGCUCACUACAUAAUUCACAUAUGUGUUACUUUUGAUUACUAUUAUUAUUAAAAAAAAAAGGUAGCAUGUCCAAACCUUUGACUCUGAUCGCAAUAACAAUACUUCUCUCAGGGUUUUACAAGGGGAAAUCUGUGCCUUGUAGUUUUUCUGGCAAUAUUUAUUUCUGAAAAUUUCAGAAUUAAUCAUAAGCCAAGGGAAUGGACAACUGAGAGUAAUUCCAUUUCCUAGUCUCAUGCAAUCUAAAUCUCAUUCAAGUAAAAAAAAAAAAUACUCUAGCCUUUAUGCUAACUUUCAAUCAAGUGUAAUUUUUAUUACAGUGGCGAAACAACAGAUUUAGGGGUUUUGUCUCAUUUGAAUUACAUGUGAAAAUACUUGUUAAUAAGCACUUUGCGUUAAUAAUGAUGCAUUAAUAAUGAAAACACCUUGGUACCAGUGCUGUUCGGGUCAUUUUAAAUGUGUUACAGCAGUAGCUGUACUCCAUUAAUUGUGUCAUUUCAGCACUCAGUCACUUCGGUUGUUACAGAUUUAUUGUUGUCUAUGGUUGUCUAUUCAUAUUUACUGAAAAUUGCCAGACAUGGUACAUUAUUAUUUUGAAACUUAAUGUAAACUUAAUGUUUAUUUGAAACACUCAAAGAGUCGUAUGUUAAUUAAGACACAAUGGCCAUUGGCCAGCACUUUUUUUUUAACUGGCAUGAAUGCUGACAAUUCCCAGUAUUACUAUUACCAUUUUAUUUAAUUUUUUUAUUUUAAUAAUGUCUCAUUGAUUUAUGAUGUUAAUCAUGCUUAAAUUUAAAUAAAAUUACAUUUUUACAGUGCA